CAUUCUCUUCACUAUUUCAAUUCCGAUUCCAAUUGUAGGGUUGGGUUUUGUUGGGGUUUAUCAAGCUCAAACAGAAUCCGGGAUUCAGGAGAGGAAGACGACGACACGACAGAAUAGAUGGUUGGGUCUAAUGGGGUUAAGCUCUUCCAAUGCUUAAUUCGCCGCUCUCUUUCUUCAUCUUCCAAUCUUCAUGGACCCAAUUCUAUUUACUAUAAAGCUUGGAUUAGAGGCAGGAGGUUCCAUGCGGGCGGCCUUUGCAGUCCACUUAGGAUUAUUGGAAUUGAUUCUCCUCAAAAUGUUCACCGCAGAAAUUUGUGGGCUAAUCUGGGCGCAGCCCGGUCAAUUCAUGGCACUGCUCACAUGUCUGCUAGGGAUUAUUAUGAUAUACUUGGUCUGAACAAGAGUGCCACUGCAUCUGAAAUCAAGAAAGCUUAUUUAGGGCUUGCAAAGAAGUGGCAUCCGGAUAUGAAUAAAGAUGAUCCUGAAGCUGCGAAAAAAUUUCAACAAGUUCAAAAGGCAUAUGAAGUUUUAAGGGAUGAGAACAAGCGUGCAGAGUAUGAUCAGGUUGGCCAUGAGGCAUUUGAACAACAACAGGAUAAUUCAGGCUUUCACCCGGGUGGCUUUAGUCCAUUUGAGGAUAUCUUCAAAAUGCAUGAUAUAUUCAAUAUAUUCAGGGGUGAUAGGAUUGGUGGUGAAGACAUCAAGGUUGCCAUUGAAAUAUCAUUCAUGGAAGCUGUUCACGGGUGCACCAAAACUGUGUCAUUUCAAGCCCCAGUGCUGUGUGAGGCUUGUGGAGGAGAAGGUGUUCCUCCAGGAGUUAAACCUGAAAAAUGUCGGCGGUGUGGAGGCACAGGCAUGGCAUCCAUGAGCAAAGGUAUUUUUAGUAUUCAGACUACCUGUCCUCAGUGCCGUGGAACUGGUCAGUUUAUAUCGAGGUUCUGCAAGUCAUGCGAUGGAGCCCGGGUAGUGAAAGGAUCAAAAUCAGUCAAAUUGGAUAUAAUUCCAGGGUUGGGUGAUAACGAAACUCUGAAGAUUUAUGGAAGUGGGGGAGCUGAUCCUGAUGGAAAUCAACCUGGGGAUCUCUAUGUUACCGUUAAGGUACGACAAGACCCUGUUUUCCGAAGGGAAGGUUCCAACAUUCAUGUUGAUGCUGUUUUGAGUGUAACUCAGGCAAUCUUGGGAGGAACUGUUCAGGUCCCAACGCUUACUGGUGAUGUUGUGUUAAAGGUCCACGCAGGUACCCAACCUGGUCAGAAGGUAGUUCUGAAGGGUAAAGGGAUUAAAUCAAGAAAUUCUUACUCAUUUGGAGAUCAGUAUGUGCACUUCAAUGUCAGCAUUCCAACGUAUCCCUGGUUUGGUGACUUGAGUUCAGUCCAAUCUCCCUGGAAGAAUCAUGUGCUGUGUUUUCUGGCAGGGAUUAAAUCAAGAAAUUCUUACUCAUUUGGAGAUCAGUAUGUGCACUUCAAUGUCAGCAUUCCAACGAACCUGACUCUUAGACAACGUGAAUUAAUCGAAGAAUUUGCUAAAGAAGAACAAGGUGAGAUUGAGAAGCACGCUGCUGCUGGAGCAACUAGAUGAAGGGGGGAGUGGGGUGCAUUUUGGCAUUGCUUUGAAAGGCAGAAGAGAAUAGAAAGGGAGGAAGUUGAUAUUGGUAUGGUAAUAACUUGCUCUGGCAGUUUUGUAGCAGUAGCUAUUGCAUGUAUUGCGUUAAUUUAGACCAACUCACUGUGCCACUUUCUCUUUGCACGGUAUAUAAUUUUUUACUGAAAAGUCAGAAUGAUAUCAAUAUCCAUUAU